AUGGCAGCCAACGACUCCUUUGAAACCCGCUUAUUUAUCAAUGGCGAGUUUCGACCGUCCAGAGACAACAAGCAGUUCAAGGUCAACAACCCCGCGUCCGGCGAGUUCAUCGCCCAAGUGCACGAAGCAAGCGAGCAAGAUGUAGACGAUGCCGUCGCAGCAGCAAAAGCCGCAUUCCCAGCCUGGAGAGACCUCGGCCCCGCAGAGCGAGGAGCCUAUCUUCGCAAAUUCGCCGACCUCAUUCUGGAAUCCCACGAGACUCUGGCCCGGAUCGAAGCCCUGUCUAGUGGAAAGCCCGUGAGCCAGUUCUUCGAGAGUUUUGUCGCGGCGGACUUCUUCCGCCACUUUUCUGAGGCGGGGUGGAAUGCCCAGGGGACUACGAGUCUUCAUACCAAGGAUCAUUUGAAUCUUUCUGUGAAAGAGCCAUAUGGUGUGGCGGCUUGUAUAACGCCAUGGAAUCUGCCGAUUCUGCUUUUUGCUUACAAAGUUGCUCCUGCGCUGGCGGCUGGAAAUACAGUCGUCCAUAAGAGUAGCGAGAAGUCGCCGCUGGCAGCAACACAUCUAGCAACGCUUGUUGGGAAAGCAGGAUUCCCACCGGGCGUGUUGAACAUGAUCUCUGGCUACGGAUCACCCGCCGGUUCCUCUCUGGCUGCUCAUAUGCAAGUUCGCUGUCUCAGCUUUACCGGGUCACCCCAAACUGGCCAGAAGAUCCAGACUGCUGCUGCUGCUUCGAAUAUGAAGCAUGUGCACUUGGAACUGGGUGGAAAGUCGCCUUCACUGAUCUUCCAUGAUGCAGAUAUCCAGGCAGCCGCGGAGCAAACCGCAAUGAGCCUGACCUUUCUAAGUGGACAGAGCUGUAUCACCAACUCGCGAAUUUACAUUGAGGAAUCUGUCUCGGAUACGUUCAUCCCAUUGUUCAAGAAAGCCUUUUCGUCUUCGAAUGCGGGGAAUCCUCUCGACCCCACCGUCUCUCGAGGGCCUCAAAUCGACGAGCAGCAACAAGACCGAAUCAAGGCCUACAUUGACAUCGGCCGACAAGACGGCACACUCACCAUGGGCGGUGGCUCCGGGCCAGGCCUAUUCGUCGAGCCAACCAUCAUUGAAGACGUGGCCGAAACCUCCCAACUCAUGCGAGAAGAAGUCUUCGGACCGAUCGUGACGAUCAACCGCUUCAAGACCGAAUCCGAGGCCGUCGAUCGGGCCAACCAGUCCGAGUUUGGACUUUACGCAUCCGUCUUCACCAAGGAUAUUGACCGAGCCAUGCGGGUAUCGAAGCUUCUCGAGGCGGGAACUGUGGCGAUCAACUGUACUAGCCCUACCAUGGCGAUGGAUAUGCCGUUUGGCGGGUACAAAACGAGUGGUGUGGGCAGGGAGGGGUACAUGCAUAGCUUGGAUAACUUUUUGGAAACAAAGUCGAUUCUCAUGCGUGUUGGUCGGGCAUAG